AUGAAGUCGAUGAACAUGGCGCUAGCUCUCAAUGUCUUACUUGUGAAUGUCAUGAUCAUCAUGUUGUUGCGGGGCUGUCAUGCUCAGGACUCCUACUCGUGCGCUGGCUCUACACUGUGCAGGGACCUCGCACAGAGCGACUGUGAUGCUGCUUGCCGCCAGAUUCAGCCUAGCAACCGCUACUUCAUCGGCAGCAACAAAGGCUCCAGCAGCGUCUACUCCGGCCACUGUGGCCUCUUUGUCUCUGGCUCCAACUGCGACCUCAAUGGCUCCGAGAUGAUCACUGCCUUUGACGAACUCCGUGCUCGCAACUGUGCCAAGUGUGGUAUCAAGACUUACAAUGACGGCUGCCAGUUCAAGGCGGAUUAUGUCACUGGUUGCUAA